CUGAUCAAACUCGUCGUUAGUUCGUCCUCCCGCAGCGGAACGAUAGCGCAGAUUCUUCCAGUCGCUCCGGAACGUAACAUCGCAGAGACGUGAAGGUGUUAUCCCGAUUUCGGUAGCGUAGAACGAUUUCCGGUUCAAGUGCCUAUCCCGUGUGUAUGUGCGUGCGUGUUUGUACCGUGUGGAUUCCGUUCAAAACUACUCGCUAAUCGUGUGGAUGAUCCUGCGAGAUUAAUUCAAUAAAACUAGCGGAUAAACUAGAGGAUCGUGCAGAGUAAACGAUGCGGUAUCCUGACCGGGGACACGUUGUCCAUCAUUCGGCCACUCGGUGAAGAGCAAGUUAGUGUUAUCCAAACAGCCACCUUUACUGUUCUUCCUCUUUGCGGAAUUGUGCAAGACAUUUCUGUGGUUCUCCGUGUCCAGUGCUUUUCUGCUAUGCUGUGCGUGCCAAGUGCUCACUGUGUGUCAUUAAUCGGCUGAAUCCGGUGCGGUGUGCUUUCAGCAGUGUUUGCCGUAUGUACUGGAAGGGCAGAAAAGUGUACUGUGUGUUGUGUGGUGGUGCUGCUACAGCUGACAGGUCCCAAGUUGUGUGGUGCCAGGAGAGGAGGUGACUUCAUUACUCAUCGACCGGAGCAAGAGCUUUUGAAAAAUUCGGCAAAGAAGAAAAAAAAACAAUUCAAGUGUGAAAAGUAAAGGGAAAGCGCGUGCGAACGAAGAAAGGCAACAUCCUGCGAACGUUCUGUGCCGUUACAACCCGGGAGAGGCUGUGUAUUCGCCGCAUCGACGAGAGAUCGGGGCGAAUAAAAGGCGAGCAAAAAGACACGAACUAUGAAUACUUAAUCUCCCUUGCGCGCCUGGCAGCAGACUCUACUACAAACCUUCCGAAUGUGUAACGGACAAUCGCCACAGCAGCAGCCGCAGCAGUAGCCGAAGAAUAGAAGGUUUCCCCGUCGAACAAAACAGCAGGGAGUGCGUGCGUGCGUGCGUGCGUGCCAGAUUGUUUGCCUGACGCUGCUGUGUGGUGUUUCUUGCGCGAAAAAGAAACAAACAAUUGACGUGUUUGUUGUGCGUACGUGUGUGUGUGUCUGUGUAUUUCUUAUACGAAAAAAUCGUUCGUAAAAAGGUGGACGGACAACAUCUGACCACUGACCAGCACUACCUUUUUGUGUCUCGACAGUAGCGGUUUUGUUCGGAUCAAGGGCGCACUCUAGCCAGCGAAGCAAUCGCGCUUGCUGCCAAUGAACGUUUAUUUAUUUAUUUAUUAUUUAUUUUGUUUUGAACAUUCCCGUGUGAGCAAUUCGAUCAGUGUGAAUCACCCACUGGAGGCAAAAAAUCGCUUCGACGACUACUUGCUGGUUCAUCAGAUCGAGCGAAGGGGCAGUGUCGCUGGUAGAAGAUUCCCUUGGCUUGUCAAUAUCAUCUGGUGUUGUACCAUCGUACACUAGUAGAAGUGCCGGAAAAGGCAGAGGAAGGAAAGCCAAGUAGAAGCACGCGAAAAAGGAACGGAGCGAGAUCUGAGCGACAUCCAAUCUUGCUGUGGCACAAACACACACCCACACCGGAUAACAGUGUACUCCCCAUACACCAUACGGGACAGAAACGGACGACGACCGUUGACAACUGACUACUACUACUACACACGCGGAUUUGCUGCUUUGCAAUCCCGCAUGGUUGCUCCCUGUGCGAACGUGUGUUGGUGAAGCAGCAGCAUCUAACGACCGUGCAACACUCACGCACACACCACUACGCGGUAAUUUUCAAGUGUGCGUGUUCACCCAACAUCAUCGAACAGAUUUGUGCUGUAAAGUAACACAAAAAAAAUCCAAUCUGCAACAUUCGGUGACGACGGCAUUGGCCGCGCAAACGUGUUCCCUACUCUUGAGUGAGUAAAAAGUCAAGCGUCACGCGUUUGAAGGGAACGAAAAGUACACGGAAGACGGCCAUACGCGCGAUACACACACACGAACACAGACUGCCCCCGAAACGGCAGGACGAUUCCGAAUUCUCUCCCGAGAGUGAAACCAACCGACGAAGGGAUGCCUUCCCUGCAACAGACUACAUUCAAGGACUUCCCCAGCCCGGACAUUGCCAGAUCGCUGACGGGGCCAGAUAUCCUGCAGAAGCAUUCCAUCAACUCGCUGCUGCUGGAGCACAAUGAGAUCAUCUCCCGGGGACUUCCGUCACCGAUCGACGAUAACAUGUCCUUAGCCGAUCUGCUGGGCGGUUCGCAGGCAUCAUCCCCCACCUCGGCAACGUCGUCGGUAGGCAAAGGUGGAGAUGGAAGUCUUAGCAGCAGCACCGGCCUAGCGCACCACCACCAUCACCAGCUACAACAUAAUCAGCAGCAUCUGCCGCAGCAGCAAGGUCAACAGAAUCACCAGCAUCAUCACCAUCAGCAUCAUCAUACCACGCUCGGGUCAUUCGCGUCGUCGCUUGGCUCGUCCUUAGCGGGCAGCAGCGUGGCAAGACCGACGACAGUUUGCGACGACAGUGGCAGCAGCAUCCUAAGCUGCUCCGGCGGCGGGAAUAGCUCGGCAAGCGGAGGAUCCGUUUCGUCGAAUCCAUUCAACUUCUCCAGCCUGCGCAUUCCGAGCCCAUCGCUUAACUCGCCCGACCUGCUGAUGGGCGGCGGUGUAUUGAUAGGUGGUGGCAUUGCCGGUAGCAGCAGCAGCAGCAGUAGCAGCAGCAGCGGCAUCAGUUGCGGUGGAGCAGGAAGUGCUGGCAGUGGCCAGUCUCCAACGACACACUCGUUCUACACGGCCCUGCAGCAGCAGCAGCAGCAGCCGGGAAGUGGCGGCAGUUCGGGAAGCACAGCCGAUGCCUUACCCUCAUCGAGCGGCAGUGGCGGUGCUGGUGGAUUCGAGGGAUUUCGGUUCGAUACCGAUCUGAUGCUCGGAUGUGUCGGCAGUGGUGGAAUUGCUUCAGCGAAUGCAUUGACCACCGAAACGCUGAAGCAAAGACGACGAAACAUUAGUUUCGACUGUUCCUCGCCCACCAACGGCACGUCCUCGCCGGGCGAAGGAAGCUCCCCCUCGCUGACACUGCUCUGCUCCAACAGUGGACGGAACUACCGAAACGGUAGCAGCAGCUAUUCGCAGUCCCAGCAAAAUGCAUUAUCCCAUCAUCAACAACAGUCGUCGACCGUCAGCAGCGUACAGCAGCAACAGUACGAUCUGCUAUCGGGCAGCAAUGGUUCAGCGAGCGGCAUCAACGGACCAGCAGGAGGAGGCGCCGGAGGCAAUGGAAUUACCUCCAACAAUAACCACCUUGGCAGUGGAAUGGGUAGUUUCGAUUCGGCAAACAGUGGUACCACCAACAGCAGUGCUCUGUCACUGUUCGGAUCGGGCAAUGGUUCACUGUCCCGGUCGCACUCACCGCCGGACCAUUCGGACACCAGCAACUUGCUGACGAGCCUGGAAAGCACCAGCAUACUGGAUAUGCUAAACUAUCUUACUCUAGGUCAGAGUACGAAUUCGGUGCCGACCACCAGCGGGCUUCACAAUCAAUCUUCCCAACAUCAACAAUCCAACGGUGCUCAGUUGGCGCCCUACACCUCGACACUGAACACGCUCUAUCAACAGCAGCAGCAGCAGCAGCAACAACAUCAACAGCCGACAGCCGCUUCGGGAUCGUUUGCUGGGUGCAAUGCUGCGAGCAAUAAUGGAAACACAGUUGGUCUGUCUGGGCUAAGCCUGGGCAGUACCGGUUUUGCUACAAGCGAAUACGAUCGUCUGCAAAACCUGCAAGCGCUCAACACGCUGCGCCUGCUGCAGCAAACCCAGCAGCUGUCUCAGCUGCAGCAGCUUCAGUUCAACCAGUCGCUAUUGCCAGCAGCGACUGGAAAUGGUGGCGGCAGCAUUUUCGGCAACUGUGGCGCUGGCACGGCGGCAGGCUCUAUUUCCACGUCUGGUAAUAAUGCGCUUACCGCAAGCGGCAGCAUUGGCUCGAACAUGAGCUGUACCGGUGGCAACAAUGGCAAUAAUAGUAUGCAGGGAAAAAGCUGGUCCUCAUCGCAGCAGCAUAUGGUGGUGUCGCAUCGCCAGGGUUCCUCGUCGCCGUCACUAAACGGUGGAUCUGCUGGGAACGGCAAUGGGUACAAUGACAUCAACCUCGAUCGCAUCGCCCGAUUUCAUCGAUCCUCCGCCGCACAUUACGAUGCCACUUGCACUUGGAGUGGCGUGUUGCCGCCUCGGUCAAGCCGGCUGGUGACAUAUUCGUCGAAAAUAUUCCUCGGCGGUAUGCCGUGGGACAUUUCCGAACAAUCGUUGGUGCAAAUUUUUAAACCAUUCGGCUCAAUCAAAGUCGAAUGGCCUGGAAAGGAGCAACAGGCGACACAACCGAAAGGUUACGUGUACAUCAUCUUCGAAUCGGACAAACAGGUGAAGGCGUUGCUGCAGUCAUGCACGUACACUACCCCGAACGGUGGUAUGCACGUCCAUCAUGGUGGCGCAGGUCCAGGUAACUACGGAGGCAGCCACACUGCCGUGAACGGUGCCUCGUCGAACGGUUCGGUAGCCCGGGCUGCUGGGGCGAGCUACGACGAGGCACCACCUCACCAGCACCAGCAGUCCCACCGGCAGCAAGUAUUGCCGAUGUCUAAUCUGAAUAAACCGCUAGCUCCUUCAGGUGCGAAGAUCAACUUCAAGAUAUCGUCGAAGCGCAUCAAGUCGAAGGACGUCGAGGUGAUCCCGUGGAACAUCGCUGACUCAAACUACGUCAAGUCGGCUUCGCAGAAGCUAGAUCCAACGAAAACGGUGUUUGUGGGGGCACUGCACGGUCAGCUGACGGCGGAAGGGUUGGCGAAGAUCAUGAACGAUCUGUUCGAUGGCGUCGUGUACGUGGGCAUCGAUACGGAUAAGUACAAGUAUCCGCUGGGUUCGGCUCGCGUCACGUUCAACAACUCACGGUCGUACAUGAAGGCCGUCUCGGCUGCAUUCAUCGAGAUUCGAACCUCCAAGUUCACCAAGAAGCUGCAGGUUGAUCCCUACCUGGAGGAUUCGCUUUGCUCGAUGUGCACCGUACAACACGGACCAUACUUCUGCCGGGAAAUCAUGUGCUUCAGAUAUUUUUGCCGUUCCUGCUGGCAACUUCAGCACAGCCGUGAGGUGUAUCUGCAGAACCAUAAACCACUGACCAGAAACUCCAAAUUCACCGCAAUCAUUGGUGUUGGCCCUCAGCAACAUCAGCAACAAUCGCACACAUCCGGUGGCAGUAACGGCAGCAACGGCAACCAUCACCUGCACCAACAGCAGUCGUCAUUCGAUCACAGCCCGUACUACAGUAAUCACCAUCACCAUCAUCACCACCAUCAUCACGGUGGCUCUGGUAGGGAUUCGCUGAGCCAGCAGUCUGGCUCUAGUUUGUCAUCACACAAUCAUCAAUAUCAUCAUCACAACAACCACCAUCAUCAGCAGCAACAGGGUAGUCGUUUAAGCUUGCUCCAGCAGCAGCAACAUCAUCACCACAAUCACCACCGUGGCCUCGCCAAAUCUCCCUCACCGUCGAUGUGCAAUGGCGCCGAGGGCAACAACAACGGUAUUGGCUGCGGUGGCAACACCAGCAACACUAGUAGCAAUAGUUCCAGCCCGAUUGGUGUGGGAACGAGCGGCCGUAGCAUCAAUGCCAGCAGCACCAGCAGCAGCAGUUGCAGUAGCAACAGUCUCAAUGGUAGCAACAAUAACGUCAACUGCAGUGCUGGAACCGCCGGUGGCAGCACCAGCAGUGGUGAGCACGUAUCGUUGAACCUGCAACAGCAGCUUAGCUUUGUUGCGGGUGGCAGCGGUACUGGUGGCAGCGAUGGACUUAGUGGUAGUAGCAAUGGUAACGGUGGUAGCGGUAUGCUCAUUUAAAUUGCAACGUUCUUUUCAACUUGGUGGAGCGGAAAUGUUUCUUUCUAUUUAUAUAUCAUUUUUCCUCCGUUCCGAUAUUUGCUUUUUUUUUGUAAUGUCGGUUUUGUUUUCACCGUUCUUUAGGCAAAAUUAUGUUUGUAUGCCAGAGUUUUUCACGCCUAGUUUUUACUUGAACACGGCAAAUAUUGUUUUUUUUUGUGUUUCUUUUUCACCAUCACUAACUCGAAACCACGAGGUUAGUAUUUUAGUCGUAAUGUGUGUUGGCAAUCUAUAAUCUUAUAAAAGUCUUGCCUGAUUUGCUUUUUUCUGGAAAGAUGGGAUUUGUUGGUCAAACAAAAAGGCAAACUCUUACUCGACCGAUGCUGUUUCAUACCUGCCAAAGAAGUAGAAAGACGUUGGAAACGAAUUUCCCCGAUUGAAAUUUACAGUUUAUCGAACGUUGUACAAAAUUCUUCGGCUUUGGCGCUGGCUUGGACUUGGCAGCACAGUCGACCAAACAUGCAAUAUCGUCUCUCGGCUUGCGUAGUGGUAGCAGCUUUGUUAUUGUGGAUUUGAUGCUUUGAGAAGGACGGAGGAUCGCUUCAGAAAGUAACAUUUGCAGAAUCGUUAAUUUUACCCAAUAGUGUUUUAGUUCUUUAUUCAAACAGCUUAUUUUGACUAUUGCUGUGUUUAAGUUAGCGCACAGAACUGGGAUGUAUGUGUCGGUGUAGCAGAGUUUGUGCUUUCUAGUAUAAACUGCUUGUUGUACUUAUAGAGCUACUACUUUUGCUGCACGGAUCAUCCAAAACAUAAAAGGUGUGCAAUUUUUUGCUUGGCACACCUUUUGACGGCCAUGGCAAAGCGAUCCUCCAUACUAAUGAUUUUUCUCUUUGAUAAGCUUAUUUAUUUUUGGUCAAUUUUUUACGGCGUUCAGUGCCGACCCAAGAAAAUGCACUUCUGCACCGAGAGACGACAUGAAUGUGGAAUAUUUCUAAUAGUGAUGAACCACAAACGUGACCGAUAAUACGCCAUUUGACUUUUAUACAGGCAAGCAUUUUUUGUUUUGUUUGAAAAUAGAGCCAUCCCUGUGUUUUUCGUUGAUAAGCUUGCCAAAAGAAGCUUAAAAUAACACAGUAUUUAAAUGUUCGGGUUGGGAGGAACCUUCUGAAGCAGCCGCUACUACCGUUUAUCGUUGCGCACACUAUGUUUGACGGCUCUGUGCUACUAACCGACCGCCGUAAUGAUUGAAAUCAACCUAACCUGCAUACAAGUUUGCUCGUUUUUAACGACGUAAGCGUGAGGAAGACAUGCGCAUGACGUGUUGUUACUAUAAUCACUUUUUUAACGCGCACGCCACACACUAUCUUGUGUCAUAUGUAUGAAUCCAUAAUCCCUGUUAGAAAAGCAAGGCGAGGAAAACAAACUAAAUCCCCGUAUGCAUGCGCACAUGCUCUGCUCAUAUUUGAAGGGAAACAUUGUUGUUUUAUUGUUGAAGCCCGCGCCGACCGAAAGCGCCCCCACUUGACACAGGGUGGGUCAAAGGUCAGGAAGAUUUUGCAGAACAACAGCUGUGUCGAGAUGAUGGUAUACCAAUGUGUGGUGAUUGGCUAUGAAUUUAAAUACGUUUUUAUUAAAUGGCAGGGGUGUGUAUUGCGUGAUCAUCGACGUGAUCAAAUGCAAUCUUUUUAGCAGAGGGGGAAUAUGAAAAAAGCUAAAGAAAUAAUCGGGUAACAAACACACCAUCAUUUAUUGCGCCAUUUAAUAAGCGCCUUCGCUCCAGCAGAUACGCUAUUUUACGUAAGCAAUUAUUUAAAAAUAUUGAAAUGAUGGAAAAAUUAGUGCAGGGUGAAAUAUUUAAAAGUAACGGGUCACGAUUAGAUCAAAUGCUACUACUGCAGCAGCGUGGUGCUGGUUAGUUGAUUGUGUGUUGAACAGUACAUUUACAAUGGUAGGUUAGGAGGAGGGAGGUGAUCGAAGGGCAAGUUGUUUCCAAAAUUGAAUUCUUACCGUCGUUGGUUAUUAUGAGCGUUUCAAUCAGUUAUUUAUUAAUGCCAAUGUUCAAUUUGGCGCGUUCGUUUUUCCAUGUUUAUUUAUUCGUAUUUAUUGCAGGGCAUAGCUUGUUAUGCGCCAGGAUUUGUUUAUUUGUAACUUAAAACGCUAUUCAGUGUUGCCUUUUUUUCGAUGUAAUAAUAAUUGAACUGUAUAAAAAUGGUUAUGCACAAUUGUGUUGGCAACCUUAUCAAAACAAUACCAUCAAUGAACAUGAAUCGAACCAUAAUUCUUAUUCUUCUAUGUUAUUUGUAUUGGUAGAUGUGAACUGUAGAUACAUUUUCCCCGUUGGUUUUAUUAUAACGACGACGUACGCAGAUAAUUUUAAAAUAUUGAUGGAAGAAAUAAUAUUUUUAAAAUAGGGAGAAAGAUUCACUCCAGUUACAUUACCUUGAAACAUUGUUUUAAUGCAUGCAUAGUAAUAACUCCCUUGCAUAUUUGGUUUCAGCAAUUACAUCAUACAUCGUUCCAUAAUGUUUACAUGACUCUAAUGAUUGUUUUUAUGAAUUGUUUUUUGUUUUAAAUUUAUCAAAAACCCUAGCAAAUAUUGGUUUUUUAUUUACAUCUUUUUAUUCUUCAUCAAGUUUGUUUUAGAGGCAUGAAAAUUCGGCCAUUUCGUGUACUAAAAACUGCUUUUAGUUUACUACUUUUAGCGAGUAGAACGAUCGGCGAGAAUGAAUGCGAGCAUUACAUACUGUUUCCUGUUGAGCAUUACAUAUAAAAUGGUACUAUAUUGAGAUAGGUUUUAAGCUAUAUUCAAUCAUGCUAGGCCAGCUAUAUUGAAACAAAUAUGCUCAUGCUGGUACAUUGAAGGGACCCGUACAUAUAAGAAUAAGGAUCACACAACCACAGUUAUAAUGCCAAACCUAACCUAGGGGGUACAUAAUUUUAAGAAAAUUAUGCUACUUGGCCGAUAUUUAGAAGUAUACAAGCGAUAUGCAAAUAUCUAUAUUUUUUAUACAAAAUAGUUGUGACAAAGUGACAAAACUCACACAUAGUAGUAAACAUCGGAUAUAUACAUAUAUAUAUAUUAACUCGUGAAUUCAGCCCAAAACAAUUCGGUGGGAGUGAAUUUCGAGGAGGAAUAAAGUUUGUUAUAAAUCGCAGCUGAGAAUAUGAAUAGUUACUUAUGGUAAGACAAUAAUACAUACAUUUCCAUCUGCUUUAUAUAUAAUAUGUUGGAAUUCUAGAUGCAAAAGCAAUUGUGUUGUUUUACGUGCAUUCCAUCAUUGUUCAAUUAAUUUGUAUUGUAACAAUUUAUUAUGACUUUUUUUUCUAUUUUGAAUGUUUCAAGUCUCACUUGGCUCAAAAAAUAAGCGAGAAAAUGAAGGUAAUGCCAAUUUUACCAUUUUUCUUUAUCAUAUCUUCUUGGAGCUGGCACAAGGACCAGAAUGAGUUAAAACAACUAGUUCUAAACUAAUCAUACUGAUAAUCAUCGCAUAGACUUCAGAAAAUAAGAAAGGAAAUAUCGAGCUUCAAUUAUUUAAUCGACGAUUUUCAUACAUGGUUAAAGUACGUACGUUGAAUGCUGUUAAUUAUUUGGUAGUAUUAUCUGCUACAAACAUAUAUGAUAUUUAUAUGCCCAACCGAAGCGAUGGCGAAGGGACAUAAAAAAAUACACGACUAUGACGUAGAAUAGUUGAAAUCAUCUGACUCGCAAACAAGAAAUAGCUACAAAAUAACAUAUGUAUAUGAAACAGAGGAGCUCAGAUGAAUUAACCCCUGCUGCUAUCAUGCAAUCAUCACGUUUUUACUGGUGUCACCAUUCUAAAUAGUAGAAUUUGAAUUACUAUUUGCUAUUCCGUUUUUAAUUUUCAAGCCCCUUCGGAUUUGAAUGAAACAUUUUUACACUAAUUGCCUUUAGAGCUCACAUCAAUUUGUAAAGCCAAUCCGUUUAAUUAAGAGCGCGAGAUAGAAUGGGUAAGGAGCAAUUCCUCAACAUCAAAUUGCAAAACAUAUAGGAUACUAAAAGAAUAACGAAAUGUGCCUAGCAAUAUUCAUAAGAUAAUCUCACAAUACAUCAAGUGCGUGUAUGUUAAUGUGCGGUGUAAAGUUUGAACUUUCAUUAACAAGCAAAACAAAUAAUAAUAAACAGAACAAAGUUGUGUGUGGAUUCAAGUGCGCUUGAUAUGAAGAGCUAUUCUGAUUGAUCAGUAAGAUUCAUGCUGAUCUCGAACUAAAAGAACGGUGGUUGUUCGAAAUGACAUUUGAUUUUUCAAACAAAAAUAUAACGAAAAACCCGUAACUACGUUUCAUCAAGAUCAUUUUGAUCAUCAAUUUUAUGACAUUUUUAAAGCAAUUUGAUCAAACGAAACUUUGGACUCUUGCAUCACUACUCUGUAGCGGAUUUUGAUGGUCAGAUGUUAGUUUACAUUACUUGGUAAAAAAUAAUGUCAGUUUUAUAUUGUUCGUUGUUGUGGACAGGUAUUUAAAUAAAAAAAAGAAGCUAUAAAAGAAAAGCAUAGACAAUUUUCUAAUGGUAGAGGCAUUGCAGUGAACAACGAUUGUUAUGUUGCAUUCUUCGAUACUUAAAAAACAUAUAAUUGGUAAACUAUUCUGAUUAUUUGAGAGCAAACAGAGAAGCAGAACAAAACAAUCAAUAAUUAAAUUUUUAUUUUGUUUUUUUUUCUAAAAAUACUCCUGGCAAUUGUGCAAUAUUAACAUUCAUUUAUAAAAAAAAACAAAAAAAAAAUAGCUUACUUGCGAGACGGCGUGUAUCAACAUUUGUUAGGUUAGGUACAGAUAGAUGGGGCGAUGUUUUGUCUCGUGGCAAAUAUGUGAAAUACAUUACAACAAAACAAUGUUACUGGUUUAGUUAAUAACAUUUUAAAAUAUCCUUGUAAUUGAACUUAUGAACUAAAUGGUUUUACAUUAUUUAUUGAGUUAUUCGCGGUCAUAUGGAGUUAACAGAUAUAGUUUAAUGUUUACAACAAGUUCGUUCUUUAUUUGUAAACUAAAUAAAACAUUCAGAUAAUGAUUUUUUUUUCGUUAACGCAUAACAUCGCAUGAUAGUGUCAACAUAAAAAUAUAAACACUUGUUUUUACAUGCAUGGACUUAUCAAACAUGAUCUAUUUAAGUUAUAGACGCAUAACCACGAAAAAUGCACCUUCGUUAUGCUGCUGCAUUACAUUGCACUAACGGUGGGCCAAUUUUUGAAACUGCGCUAUAAUUAACGAUGCAUUGAAAUUUUUAACUAGAAAUACAGCCUGUGGUUGUGUACAUAUUUUAAAAAACGUUAAUUUGUCGAUUGGCAAACAAUUUAACAGUUCGUAUGAGCAGUAAGAAGAAACGUUGUUGUCACUUUUACAGACCUAAACCCCCCAGUUACAUGUUCAUCGCAUGAAACAUUAGCGCGCGGAUUCAGCCGGACCAUCCUUAUUCCGCGCGUAAAUGAUGUGACUGGUAUUUGAAGGUUUAAACAUUUAAUUUAAACAACAAAGCCCGCACACCUUAAUGCAGCACUCCAAGGUGUACGUGGCAAUAAUGUGCACUUUCGGUCCCGGUUUGAUAACGUUUUAUAAAUUCGUUUUAAUUUUAGCCUUUUCUUUUUAUGAAAAUGCAACAAUCACACAAGUCUGUGUGGUAUUUGGGUGGCACUAGGUAAACAAUUGAUACAAUUUAAAAGCAAUGUCUAAAUUGCUUCAAGGGCGAUGUUUUAAAGGGCAGCACGAAACGAAUGUAAUUUGAUCGAUCUUUUACGUAUUUUACUAUACCUGUCUCUCGGGGGGUGGUGCGUGUGCUGCGUGAGUGGGUUCCAUAGACAGAUAAUUUUAAAAAUGAAAUUUCCAUUACCUUUUUUUUUACGUGUUAUGAUUACUAAUUUUAUAAUAUAUAUUUGCACGUUGUGAAAAAGUGUGCGCGUGGUUUUAUGUACUGUUUUUAUUUAUCUAUUCGUGUAUUUUUUUUACCUAUCUAUAGUGUUGUUUUGUUGAUUAUUCAUGGUGCUACAAAAAAGGAAAACAAUUGUUUUACAAAAAAAAGAUGGACAAACAAACGGAAGAUAGGAGCUAAAACAGUUUUUUAUAACAAUGCAAUACUUUCAGCCCAAUUUUAAUUAGACCAAUUUUGACAAGUGCAUUUGGCAAGGCAUCCCUCAGUCGAACCUGAUAAAAUUGAAUGGAAAUCGAAAUGGUUUGAAUGAAAUGCUGAAAGGAGAAGUAGAAACACUGUAAAGAGUGUGCAAAAAAAACAGAUUUUGAACUGAAGCACGUAUUUCUAAAGCAAUGUGUAUAUGAAUAGAGUAAGCUGCAAUGCAGUCACGCAGGCAAGCAAUAAAAGUUAAACAUAAUUCAAAUGAAUUAUGGUGAAUAUUUAAUCGUGCGACCAAUAUACGCUUCAAUACUAUUCUGCUGCUAUCCCGCAAACUCAUUUGUGAAAGCAAGGAUGCGAAGUUAAGCCUUGAAAGAAGCAAACAACAAACAAUAUCGAUAACAAUCAUUCGGACAUAUACGGCGCAACAGACCUCCUUCGUGUCGUGUGUGUCGUCACAUGAAACUAUUUAACAUCAUUUAAGCAAACCCAAUACUUUGCCGCAUCUCGCAAAAGGCAAGUUGGUAGGACCAAACUAUAUAAAUAUACAUACUAAUCACAGAUAAAUCUACCACACAUCUUAACCUCAGCUGCUGCUUGAUUGGAACAUCUAUACAAAACUAUGUAUAUGAACGCUGUAGCAUAAACCAGUGUCUGAUGCAUGACGCUCAUGGGUAUCUUCCUUACAUGGAUACGAUGUACGGUAUCUAAUAUUAACACUGCUUGGAUAAUCAUUAAUACUGUAUGCGGAAGCAAUUAAAAGAAAAAAACUCAAAUAAGACAAAAUCAAAAUAUGAAACUAUAACUGGAAAAUGCUUUUUGUGAUGGAAGUGAAGUGAAACUAAAAACUUAUCUAGUAAGAAAGCAACACAUGGAAAUGUAAACCACUGACGAUAAUAGCAAUAGCGUAAGGCUUAGUUAAAACCCUCGAAUCGGUUUAUAGACAUUUAUAAUGAGUUUUCCGAAACGCAGAUAUAGAAUCUAGUGCAAAAUUGCGCAGUAUUGGUGAUGCCUAACUUUGUUAAUAGAAAUAGUAUCAUUUAGCCGAUGGAUGGUUGACGAUUGUGUAGGUACGUCUAUAUAUGCUACGCUGCUGCAUGUGUUACGAACAAUUAAAGAUGUGGCAAAAGAAACUCGUUUUAUCUACCAUUGCGUUAUUCAAGGUAUUUACCAACAUUAACCGUUUGAAGAAAAAAAA